AAUCGAUUCGUUAAUGAAUCCUCAAGUUUGUUGUAAAGGGGCGAUAAGAAGCAGCAACGCCAUUGAUUAUCAUAUAAAUAAAUUUUUAUAAUAACAGUAUCCUCACGUGGGUGAGAUGACAUUCUUCUAAAAUAAAUAGUUUUAAAGGAUUUUUCUGCCUCGACAUGAUUGUCAAUUACAGUAGCAGCAGUUCUGAAGAGGAAUCUGAAAUCUCUUCAUCACCUUCAGGGAAAAGACAAAAACUAGACACUGAAACCAGCACCAGUGAAGCUUUGGACCAUGGAUCUGCUCACAGAAAAGUGUGCAAGUCCACCCACUUGACGCCUCGUCUGCCUCUUCCUGACAGUGUAAAGGAGAUGUUCAGAGAUUCAGAAGAACAGUGGACUGAUAAAAAUGAAGAACAUGGAGGUCGACAACGCUCAUUCCUGCACGAGCGCGGAAACUGGGCCACAUAUGUGUUCUUUCCUUAUGAUCCUGAGGAGGCCUUUCUGGAAGUGCUCAAUAAAAUGAUGGCGGCUGCAGAAGCUCACAACCUCCCUCUGACAGUUUCCGAAGAGUUUCACCUCAGUCUCUCAAAGACGGUGGUCCUGCGCCAUCACUGGAUCCAACCGUUUGUCCAGUCUAUUCGGACCAGUCUGACACACUUCCAGAAGUUUUACUGUGUGGCCUAUAAAUUGAAGGUGUAUGCUAAUGCUGAAAAGACGAGGACUUUUCUUGGGAUGGAAAUCUCCACUGGAACGUCUCACUUGCUUGAGCUUAGCAAAAUAGUGGAUAAAACCAUGAAGGAAUUCAACCUUAGCACCUUUUAUGAGGAUCCUUCUUUCCACAUAAGUCUUGCUUGGUGCGUGGGUGACCAAACGGAAAGACUGGAAAAGGCGUGUUUAUCAGAAUUGCAGGGUUUUAUUGACGCACAUGAAGAUGGACCAUUCCAUGCAAGGCUAAACUGCAACGAGCUUCGCUGCAAGACAGGAAAUAAAGUCUUUGUUUUUCCCCUGCAAUGAUCCUAAAACUACUGAUGUUUAGUCAGCCAUGGAAUAAAAAUCUUAAGAGGUA